GCGAAAUUCCGGAUUCAGUAUUUACCUGACAGCCUUAGGACGCGCGAGAAAACAAGUCAAUAUUUUUUUUCCAUUUUUGUCCUCAUUUCUUUUGUGAUUUCACAUGCUGAGGCAUCAUUCCAGCAUAGAUACGUGAUAUUAACGAAGAGAGAGACGAUGAAGCGAAAAGCGGAGAGAGCGAGUGAGUCGGACGAUGGAGGUGGAGGUUUUGACAGUUCAUCAAAUGAUCUCUCUUCGCCUGAGCUGUCCCCUGUCACUACUGGUCCUGUGCAUGACUGGGAGGGGGAACGCAUGGCUGAGAAAGACUUCUUUGAUGAUGGCACUAUGACAUAUUUUUGGCGCGCCCACACCCUCACCACGCUCUUCUGCAUGAUCUGCUUCCUGCUGUACGAGGCCCUGACGUCACAGCAUGAGGACAUGGAGGACAACAUCAAGAGAGGCCUGGUGGCCAGCCUGUCGGCUUUCAUCCUCCUGGGCGUGACGGUGACGCCCGACGGCCCCUUCAAGCGGCCGCAUCCCGCCAUCUGGAGGCUUACCUUCAUCAUUUCCAUCGUGUACGAGCUCGGCCUUAUCUUCUUACUAUAUCAGAGUGCUUCUGGUGCUAGACAACUCCUAAAGUUCAUAGACCCCAAGUUAGGGGAGCCGCUCGAGGAGAAGGACUAUGGUGGGAACUGCCUCCUAUACGACCCAGAGCACCCAGAUGAUCCGUACCACAACAUAAAGGACAAGCUCGACUUGUUUGUUCCGCUGCACUUCUUCGGCUGGUGGCUGAAGACCCUCCUGCUGCGGGACUGGUGGCUCUGCUGGGUCAUCUCAGUCAUGUUUGAGAUCCUGGAGUACACCCUAGAGCACCAGCUGCCUAACUUCUCAGAGUGCUGGUGGGACCAUUGGAUAAUGGAUGCCCUAUUGUGUAAUGGUCUGGGAAUCUACUGUGGGCUUCAGUCUCUUAAGUAUUUCUCCAUCAAGACUUAUCAUUGGCGAGGCCUCUGGAACAUCCCCACUUACAGAGGCAAAUUGCGGCGCAUCAUAGCCCAGUUCGGUCCAUACGUUUGGGUAGAUUUCGACUGGAAGCCUCUGUCAUCUCUUGGUCGGUGGUUCUCCAUGGUUGGAAUUAUAGCUGUGUUCCUUCUAGCAGAACUCAACACAUUCUACCUAAAGUUUGUGUUGUGGGUGGAGCCAAGUCACUGGGUCAACCUUGUCCGUCUGCUGUUCAUCUUGCCUUGGGGUGCUGUAGCUCUCAGAGAGGUGUUCCAGUUCCUCUUCUCCAGAGAUGUUUUGAAGUUUGGUAGGCAAUCUUGGCUCUUUUUAGCCAUUGUAUGCACAGAAUUGUUAAUAUGUAUCAAAUUUGGCUGGGAGACAGUCACCAUUCCCUUUCCAAGCCAUGUAGUGACUCUAUGGAUUGCUAUAUUCGUGAUGUUGAUAUUAUGGACAGUGUGGAACUUUUUCAUUGAUCCUCAUACCUUUAAGGUAGAUUCAAAAGACAUUGAGAGGCGUCGUGAACACUGGAGCCAAGUGAGAGCCAUUGAGACCAAGCUCAGCCCCUCGGAAACAAGAUUCAUACCACAAUUCUUCCUUGAUAAACUAACACAGAUGAGAACCAAGGAAGACUGAUAGCUUUGGCCACAGCCAAUCUGGUAUGCCACAGCUACUCAAGGGUCUCAAGUGUGAAGUGAUAAAACUAAGAUGGGGUGUCCAGUGUCAUGGGAAUGGUGGGCUUAUUAUGGUGCAUGUGAUUAAACUGUUUGUAUUUACUUAUGAGUUGCAGGAAGGUAAUACAACAUGAUAUUGGAUACUAGUUACUGUACAAAUGCCUAGGAAAAGGACACUGUCAUCAAUAUCUUAAAGAUCAUGAAAUUUAGUGAGCAUGCUAAUGUGUCUCCUGUGUUCGUAUGUUUUGUUGAAUGUAUCAGGUCAAGAUGUGAUAAAAAUACUAAUGCUAUGGGUCAGGUAGUUUACAACAUUUUUACUUUUUUGUUUUUGUUAAGAUUUUUUAAAAGAUAAUUUUUGAUUAUAGAAGCAUAUACUGUUCCAUUUCAUGUUAUUCAAUUGUACUAAAAACAUGGUUCAAAUAUACAGAAAUAUCAUUGUUGAUGUGAAGUAUUUACUUAUUAUCUACUUACUAUGACACUUCAGAGGCUUGUGAGUGAAGACCCCAAAAUAAGGGAACUUAGACAUAUCCUUCCAGUAUGAUGUGUUAGUACAUCAUAUUUAAAAUAGUUGAAAUAUUGUGAAGUUAUUGUGAACUAUAAUGGUAAUUCUUACCAUGUUAAACAAGCAAAUAUACAGCAGGUGUAAUUAUCUGUGGCAGGAUACAAGUACAUUAUUCCACAUACAAUGCCAGAAGCAUCUUAACUCGACAGAAAUUUACAAACACUCUUGAUAAAAGAGAUGUUAUUCUUAUUUUUUUGAAGACAGUUCUUAAAGAGGAAAUUUAUCAAUUGCUUUCAAUCUUUCACUAAUGUUUUGUUGCUAUUUUAAUUUUAACAGUGUUUUUUUAUCAGAUGAUCAUCAUGUAAAUGGGAAAUUAUGUAAGGCAGCUGCUUCUAGUUAAAAACAUAAGAGAACCGUGGUAAUAUAAAGGUGUAUGAAUUACUUUAAUCAGUCUGAUACUCUGUAGGUAAAACCAGCACAUACUUCAGGUUUGAAAAUUCUACUUUUAUUUAAAGAUAGAAUAUGAGCUUAUAAAAGAAUUUUAGUUUUUAAAUUAUUGGUAUACAAAGGAAAAGUAUUGCACCUUUAGCAUUUAAGCCACUUAUUUUAUGCUUUAAAUCAAACAGUAAUUAGGGUAGAGGGUGCUUGGCAGUUGACUGAAUAUGACUCAUUGCAAGUUCAUUUUUGCUAUGUGGAUGAAGUCACCAGCAGUUGGCUGAAGACACUUUUAGCACUUCUGAUUUUUUAGCACUAAAGCCCUAGGUACCAUGUUUGGAUAAGGUGUUGAUUUGACAGAAGAUCUUCAGUCAAACUGAUUAUAACAAAAGAAUCUGGUUUUAACAUUUGUCAUUUGCACCAUUAAGAGGCACAAUCUGACUAGUCAAAUUAAAUAUACUAAGGGACUCCUAUUGCAAAGUUAUCUGUUGUAUUUGCUUUAAAUAGACACAAAUGGUUAAGUUGUGUCAUUUUAACUGCUGUGGCCUUAGGAUUUGGAGAAGAGAGUGAAUACAGUGCUUUGUAUUGUAGACAAUAUUCCUCUACUAACCAAGUGCAAUUGAAACGUAUGAAUAAGUGAAUGGAUAUCCUAGCAAUACUAUUUUAGUUAUUUUCAUUUUGAUAUUUUUUUCUUUAUAUUCUUUACUUAUAUAAACAAUAAUUUAAAGUAUUUCAUAGUAUAUUUAAUUCAUUCACUUAAUUGUUUGUUUUUAAAUGUACAGAUAGUUUGUCUUUCCCCUAUUUUCAUAUCCUACAUUUCCAAUUUUGCUUUGUUAUUACAGAUCAGUAUAUACACAAGCACACACAUUCAAAUACUUAAAAGGAUUUUAUGAUAAUAAAUAUGGCAUUGUUGA